AUAUAAAAGAGAGCCUACGUUUCAGAAACGACAUCAGUGAUUUCAUCGAUAUCAUAAUGAAAGUAUUUCUGGUUCUCGCCCUGGCUUUGGCCUAUGCCUCAGCUGCUGCUGUUUACGAUACUCCUGUCGUGCCCCGCGACUUGAUUGUCGAGGAUGCCCCCGAAGGUCGCAUCACCAAUGGCCAACAGGCUGCCUCUGGCCAAUUCCCCUACCAAGUCGGUUUGUCCUUGAAGAGAAGCACUGGCUCAUUCUGGUGUGGAGGUUCCUUGAUUGGCAACACCUGGGUUUUGACUGCUGCUCACUGCACUGAUGGUGUAACUUCCGCCACCGUCUACUUGGGCUCCACCACUCGUACCGUUGCCAGCGUCACCCACACCGUCUCCUCCAGUGCCAUUCAUCAACAUACCGGAUACAAGGCCAGCACUUUGGCCAAUGAUAUCUCAUUGAUCAAAAUCCCCUCCACUGCCUACACCAGUCUGAUCAAGGCCAUCAGAUUGCCCGCUGUGUCCUCUUCAUACUCGACUUAUGCUGGAAACUACGCCAUUGCUUCCGGUUGGGGUCGUACCUCCGAUACCGGCUCUGUUGCCACCUACUUGAACUAUGCCCGUCUCCAAGUCAUCACCAACUCUGUUUGCGCAUAUACUUAUGGCUCCACUGUUAUUACCGGCAACACCAUUUGCGUUUCAACUCCCAGCGGCAAAUCCACCUGCCAAGGUGACUCUGGUGGCCCAUUGGCUUUGGAAAAUGCUGACCGCUUGAUUGGUGUUACCUCCUUCGUUUCCUCUGCCGGUUGCGCCUCUGGUGCCCCUGCUGGCUUUGUUCGCGUUACCAGCUACUUGGACUGGAUUAAGUCUAAGACUGGCAUUUCCUAUUAAAUUGAUUCUGUGCCUUGAAUAAAUUAUUCGAAUUUU